GCCGCCGCCGCCCCGGCCCGGCGCCAGCGGAGCGUGUCCCAGGCGGCACCGGCCGUCCGCCGCGUGGCGCCCGUCGUGCAGCAGCAGCUGCCGCCGCCGCCGGCCGCUCAGAAGGCGCGUCAGAAACCGCCUGGGAAGAGGGCUGCGGCGGCUGCGCGGCGCCGCUCUCGCACCCAGGUGAUUCAGAACUCCGUGCGGCGGCUGUCGGACCCGCGCCGGCCCCGCAGCGGUCAGCAGCAGCAGCGGCCGCCGAGCGCGGCGGCGCCGCCCCCGCCGCCGGCCGCCUGCCCGGUGCCGCGCACCAACCUGGAGUUCUCUGGCCGGCGCCGCGAGCAGGUCAGCCCGCGGGCCACACAGCUGGUCACCUGUGACCGGCUGCACGAGCCGCUGUCGGCGCGGCCCGGCUCGGCGGCGGCACUGGCGGCGCAGCGGCGGCGGAGCGCCGUGACCAGCGUCACCAGUCUGCCGACGGCCGGCGGAGCGGCCCGACAGGGCCCGGGGACGGCGAGUGUGACCAGCCUGCAGGCGCAGCACAGCCCCGGCCAGCAGCCGGGCGAGGAGCCGGCCGCUGUCUCAGCAGCAGCCACCGCGCCCACAGAGAGCUGUGAUGCCGCGGCGCCGGAGGGCGGCCACCCGGUCACCACCAGUCAGUUCAUCAGUACCUCCCUGGACAAGCUGGAGAAGAUCCGGCGCGCCUCCGAGGACGCCGUGCGGCGCAUCAACUCGUUGUCGAUGGCGCCGACCGCGGCCGAGCCCGGCGCGGCCACCGUCGAGGAGGUGCAAAUGAAGCAGACCGGAAAGGUCAAGUGGGUGGCGAUGCCGACACAGCCGCCUCAUCCGCCACCCAGCUUCUCGACUACGGUAGUGGGUAGCGGUGUAGCGUCAGCUGUCGGGACUGCGCCCUCGACACCGCAGGCAGCCGUCACCCCGCAACGCGCGGUAUCCCCGGCACCACGGGUCGUCUCCCCAGCACCGAGAGCUGUCUCCCCAGCGCCUCGGGCAGCAUUUCCGGCACAGCGAACUGUCUCCCCCGUGCCUCGGACUGUCUCCCCCGUGCCGCGGGCUGCCUCGCCGCGACCGGCCACCCCGGCGCCGCGCAGUGUGUCGCCGGUGCCACGAGCGCGCUCUCCCGUGCAGCGGUUGCCCACUCCGGCGGGCCGGCCGCUCACGCCUGCGCCGCGUGCCGCCGUGUCUCCGCCGCGGGCCGCGUCCCCGGCGGUCAGUCCGCGGCUGACGGCGCCUGCCCUCCGGCCGGGCUCGGACCAGGCUGCGCCCACCGCCGGCGGUGCCCGUCUGCUGCCGGUGCUGAGCCCGCCGCCGCCCGGCCACCCGCCAGCCUUCAACACGCGCAUCACCGAACUGAAGACGCUCAUCGACCGCGCUAUCGAGGAGACCCGCGAGUUCCUGGGCCGCAGCCGGCCGGUGGCGCGCCCCGUGGCGCCGCCGCAGCCGGCGGAGCAGGCGUCCGUGACCGCCUCGCCGCGGCCGUGCCUCUCGCCGACCAUCGUGGACAUCGCGGUGCGCCGGCCGACCGCCGGCUCGUCGGUCUGGGAGCGCGCCGCCGCCGAGCUGGUGGACGCCCAGCGUCCGGGCUCGGCGCGGAGCGGCCCGCGCCGCGGCUCGCCGGCGGCGGCCAUGGCCGUGGCGCGCCCGGAGCAGAUGCGCCUCACCGAGCUGGUGGGCCUGCAGGGGCGCCGCUUCCUGCCGCAGCUGGGCCCGCCCGAGCCGCCGCCGCGCCGCUCCCGCUGACGGCCCGCCCGGUACCUACACUGGGCGCCGGCUGAGCUCUGAUGGCACACCGGGCUGCAGGCGGACGGCUCAACACCGAGGAAAAGACGACACAAGCUUUAUAUUUGUCUCCUAUCUAGUCACUGAUCCGACAUGUUCCAGUGCUUUCGGGGCGCGCUCAUGAUGUUAUGAUUUGAAGUAUUACGCCAGCCUCGACAUUGUUUAUAAACAUUGUCGCGUGUCAACAACCGUGACGAUCCAGUCAUUGAAACAUCACGCAAACUGGCAGCAUGAAUGUCGUUCUCGAGGUUUAUCCUGGUGAACCUACUUCUCACCGAAAGCGAAACACAAUCGACGAUCGACGCGACUCGACCGACCCCCACUUCCGACCUCACUGCCAUGUUAUCUCGUCCGGACUCGUGCGUAGGCGGGCUAGAGUUUUCACGUUUCAAUAAAUUGUAUGAUGUGAGUCUGCGACUUCACUGGAGCGGGACCAUGUGGUACCAAAAUCAAAAGGCUCGAUGUUCUCGUGAGAAAUGCACCUUUGUUGAUUUGUGGUUACAAACGGGCACUCGGCCGAGGAUAACAAAUAAAACAAUGGAUUUUGA